GCUCUGAAGAAAAAUCGAAAAAUGACUUAUGGAAGUGUAUCGUCAACUCAAGCGUCACAGGCGGCUGAUAGCGAAAUCUACCAACUUCGACCCUGGCAUCUUCUCAUUAUCUGCGCAGCUCUUUUUGCUCAAGAGGUGGCCAUCACGAACGAGCUCAUCUACAUGGUCACGUGGGAGAAGCUUCUUGGGGUUCCCUUGGAGUUUGUGUCACUGCCGGGGGUCAUUUCUGCAACAAUUAGUUUCUUUUCUAUCCCGGUGAUGGGCAGAUUUGGAGAUAAAGGCAAUCGAUUGAGAAGAAAGUCUCUUCUGGUCAUUGGCAGCGGCUGUUGCCUCUUCAUUGGAUCCUGCUGCAUGUUUGUUGGAUGUCUCAUCAAAUGGUUGGGUAUACACAGCAACGAGAAUAGGCUUUCCAACCUACCAGCGGGGAAUCGGACCUGUCAGAACCAAAAUGCUAAAUCUAACAUAACAAGUCUUAACGAGACCGAUUGCUUAAUGCUUUCUGAUUCUGAGAACAUGAUCCUACAUGAUCCUCUCUCCAGACUCACCAGUGUCUUGGCAGUGGCAACUUUUGUCUUUAUAGAUUAUGGUUUCGACACUGGUUCCCCAAACAUUAGAAGCUACAUGCUAGAAUGUGUACAUAAGUCACAACACUCUAAAGUUCUGUCGGUUGGUGUUAUAAUGUCAGGUCUCGGAGGUUUUGUUGUCUCCUUGAUUGGAUUGUUUGAUUUAAACUUUACCGCUGAGCAAGAUGUAGACCCCAAUAUAGUCAAAGCGCUGGCUCUCUGUUUUUUCCUCAUGAUCUCUGUACUAAUAACCUUUUCAAUAACUUUAAUCUACGGUCGAAAUUUGUUUCAUAAAUACAAUACACAGACUACGAAGGAUGACGAGAGAAACAUAUGCGGUAAAUGUCAUAAUGGAAACAACAGCGAGACUGAGUCUGUCAAUCAAUCAACUCAUGAACAAGUCAAUCAUAAUGAGACAAAUGGCAAUCUAAACUAUUCCAAAUGUGCAGAUUCCGUUCUUCAAAAAAUUCAAAAUGAGAAUGUAGAUAUUUCGGAACGUCAAGCUUUCAAGACAGUGCAGUCAAACACUCACAUAGACAUAGAAAACAAAAUGAAUAUCGUAGACAAACAUGAUGAAACCAAGAUCCAAUGGUCGAGUUGUAGUGAUGAGGAACACCAGAUUUCAUGUUCACUACCAAACUAUUUACCUGAGUCUAAUUCAGUUUAUGUGGACACUUCUCUCGACACCACCAUAAAGAAAUAUUUUAGGCAAAUCUCUUUCCGAGUUUCCCAGUUCUUUGCAGGUUGUAUUUCUCUAAUAAAAACUCCUUGGAGAUCUAACAAAGUCUAUUUUGUAUUUCUAUCUUGCCUGCUCGCAUUCUUCGCAUCGGGAACCAACAUUUCGUUCGAACUUUAUUUCACCAAUUUUUUGUCCGAAGGCGUAUAUCAAGGUAAAGGUGACGCGCCCCAACAGGAUGAAGCUAAACAAAGAUAUAACAGUGGAAUGAGGACAGCUGCAAUAGGGACUUUUGUUUUCCAGUCUAUAUUUUUACUCUACAAUGCAGCUCACCAGAAAAUUUCUUCAGAAACAGCUCUGGUGUAUGAGUUCAUGAUUGUAUCGUUGCUGCUGGUGCCUUCACUGCUGGCAUUUGUCCUGACCAAAACACUCGUUUCAUUCUACGUGACCAUCAUUGUGAACGGAGCUUUCAGGACUCUGGUCUUUACCACGCCAUAUAUACUGGCAGCUGAGACAAUGCGAAUGGAUGAUGAUGAUCAAGGAGAGCAUGAGGCUACCAUAAACAACAGUCUAUCGUCUUCUAAAGGUUCAGACAAUUCGUACGGAUCUGUGAUAUCCAGCGUUGGCAGCACAGUGCCUUUACAUUACCUCCUUCUGUCAACGUUCAUGGGACCUUUGCUGAAGGCAACACAAGACUCUGCCAGUCCUUUGUUCUAUACGAUCUCUAUGGCUAUAGUGACUGUAGGGGUGUGCUUUAGUAUGCUAGUCAGUAGAUACCGCUAUCAGCGAGCUAAGCCAAGUAUACUUGGAUAGUUUGUUAAUCUGCAUAGCCAAGGGUUAAUUAACGUCCAUAGCACAACGUAUUCGAGUAUAAUCAGCUUGGCAUCGAUACAUGUAAUAGCUUAACAAAGUUAUGGUGUAUCUUAAAAGUUUAUAUUGUUUUAUGUGAAGCAUCUUA